AUUAUAACUUUAUUAUAAGGGAAGCUGUUGUUCAGUAAGAUCCGAAACUGAUAAUAACUGACAUGCCACCAUUACAGCCAAUCCUAAACGAACAAUGGAAUGAGCAUGUUUAGGGAUUUCCUGGUUACAAUAGAAGGUGAGUUUCUAGCUAGAUUGUAAGGAAAGUUUGGUCUAACAUGCUAAAUGUCAUACGUUAGCACCUGUUCACAUAAUCUAAGUAGAUGUUGCAAAUUAAUCUUAGUUUUCACGGCACAAACAGCUGUUGUUAUUUAGCUACAGUAGCUAGCUAGCCAGCUUGCUGGUGGAGUUAGCUAGCUAGCUAGAUUUUAGGUAAAGCAGCAAUCAGCAGUGGAAACAAUAACAAAGCGAACUCCCCACCACUGUUUCGGUAUAAAGCGGGUGUAUGGGGCUGGAGAAUUGUAACCACUCGCAAAUUCAAAGACAGAGCUAUGGAUGCAAGGACUGACCAUCCAUGAUAUCAAAAGUAUACCCUUACGAAAAAAGAUUGCAGUAUAACUGAAGUACACUGUAGUAUAUACAGUGUUUUUUACUGCAGUAAUUUUGCAGUAUAACUGCAAUACCACAGUUGACUGCAGUUACUGCACUUUUACUGCAGUUUCAAAACUGCGAUCUUUUUUUGUAAGGGUAGUUUUAACCAUGUUUAUUAUGCAAUACAGUGUUUGUUUACAUUUACGUUGUUUCCAAAUAUUGGAAGGUUAUAUUUUGGGUUCUGAUGGGGUACGACAGUUGAACUAAGCUCAUGAGGCAUUUGUAAGUAAUAUUUUUCAAAGAUCAGUGGGUACAUAUCAGCUAGCUAGCUAACUUCUAAAUGACCGACUGUAGUCACCAAAUCAGGCCUAAAGUUGCAUGAGCUACUCAGUCAGAUGAGUUGAUGCUAGAACCACUUGCUAUAUCCACAACAAUAUAUUAGCUAGUUUUGGUAGUAGAUAGCCAGUCUGAAGGGAGGGAUCAUGGCUGUGUGGAUCAGUGGCAGAGUUCUCAAUUUCUCAAAUCCACUUGGAUUGGAAUAGAUUUGUUUAUAUAUAUACAAGCCAUGAAAUAUGUACAGUAUGUUGAUAGCUACCUACCCACUAUAAUAAGAUGCAAUAACAGAUGGUCACUUUACCUGGCCUAGUGACAUACUGGAAGGAGAACUAGGCCACUAGAUUUCUACUUCCCACUUGACAUCAAUGUUCUAUACCUCAUCUUCUCAUGUUGAUCUGUGAAAUGAGUAAUUGAGGGAACUCUGUGAAAUAUGCAAAUUAUGUACUCAUUCUCCUUUUGUUUAGUAACAUUUUCUCAGAAUUGAAUUCUAGAUUUUAUGUUAUUCAUACACCAAUAAAAUAAUCUGCUAUUUCAAAUGUUCCAUUUAACAUCAAACUUCAAUUCUAGAAAUUAAUAGGAAUUUUCCAAGCCGUAGGCCUAGAUCCUGUACAUUCCUUUCCUGUAUUAAGCUUCAAUGUUUCCUGUAUCAAGCGUGUCUUAAGCUUCAAUGUCCAAUGACCAUCAUUUGUAAUCAUCCCCUGUUCCCUCAGGAUGAAUGUGGGCGUGGCUCACAGUGAGGUGAACCCCAACACGCAGGUGAUGAACAGCAGAGGGAUCUGGUUGGCAUACCUACUGCUGGUCACCGUGCUGCACGUCGUCCUGUUGAGCAUCCCUGUCCUCACAGUGCCCCUCGUCUGGACCCUCACAAAUGUCAUCCAUAAUCUGGUCAGAACAAGUUUUUAUAGUUUGUUUUUUGUUUUUCCAAUCAAAUGUAGGCCUCAUUGAAAUCAAUUUAAGCCCGUCUUUUUGAUAGCUAUAGCAAUUUAAGUUAUUGGAUCCCCAUAAUUUUGAACAGUAGAGUAAUGCAGACUUAUGACAUUGAAAUGACUAACGAGUGUGUCUGUUGAUCUAACAGAGGUGUGCUAUGAUCAAAUGUAUGUGGACAUCUGCUCGUCGACCAAUCUCAUUCCAAAAUCAUGGGCAUUAAUAUGGAGUUGGUACCCCCUUUGCGAUAACAGCCUCCACUCUUCUGGAAAGGCUUUCCACUAGAUGUUGGAACAUUGCUGUGGGGACUUGCUUCCAUUCAGCCACAAAAGCAUUAGUGAGGUCUGGGGCACUGAUGUUUGGCGAUUAGGCCUGGCUCUUAGUCAGCAUUACAAUUCAUACCAAAGAUGUUCGUUGGUGUUGAGGUCAGGGCUCUGUGCAGGCCAGUCUUCCACACCGAUCUCGACAAACCAUUUCUGUAUGGACCUCGCUUUUUGCACGGGGGCAUUGUCAUGCUGAAACAAGAAAGGGCCUUCCCCAAACUGUUGCCACAAAGUUGGAAGUACAGAAUUGUCUAGAAUGUAAUUGUAUGCUGUAGCGAUAAGAUUUCCCUUCACUGGAACUAAGGGGCCUAACCCGAACCAUGAAAAACAGACUCAGACCAUUGUUCCUCCUCCACCAAACUUUACAGUUGGCACUAUGCAUUCGGGCAGGUAGCGUUCUCCUGGCAUCUAUCAAACCCAGAUUCGUCCAUCGGACUGCCAGAUGGUGAAGCGUGAUUCAUCACUCCAGAGAAUGCGUUUCCACUGCUCCAGAGUCCAAUGGCUGCGAGCUUUACACCACUCCAGCCGACGCUUGGCAUUGUGCAUGGUGAUCUUAGGCUUGUGUGCUGCUGCACGGCCAUGGAAACCCAUUUCAUGAAGCUCCCGACAAACAGUUAUUGUGCUGACGUUGCUUCCAGAGGCAGCUUGGAACUCGGUAGUGAGUGUUGCAACCCCGGACAAACAAAUGUUACGUGCUUCAGCACUCAGUGGUCCCGUUGUGGGCCUACCUCUUCGCGGCUGAGCCGUUGUUUCUCCUAGAUAUUUCCACUUCACAAUAACAGCACUUACAGUUGACCGGGGAAGCUCUAGCAGGGCAGAAAUUUUACGAACUGACUUGUUGGAAAGGUGGCAUCCUAUGACGGUGCCAUGUUGAAAGUCACUGAGCUCCUUUGUACAGGCCAUUCUACUGCCAAUGUUUUGUCUAUGGAGAUUGCAUGGCUGUGUGCUCGAUAUUAUACACCUGUCAGCAACGGGUGUGGCUGAAAUAGCCGAAUCCACUGAUUUGAAGCGGUGUCCACAUACGUUUGUAUAUAUAGUGUAUGUUUGAUCUGUCCACCACAGGUGAUGUACUUGUUUCUGCACACGGUGAAAGGAACUCCUUUUGAGACACCGGACCAGGGCAAAGCUCGCUUACUCACACACUGGGAACAGAUGGACAACGGCAUCCAGUUCACAUCCUCACGCAAAUUCCUCACCAUCUCACCCAUUGUACUGUAAGACAGAACAUUUGUGCAUACUAGUAUUAUCCAUGUGCUUUGGAGCAAAACCUUUGUUUUGUUUUCUUAAGUUUUCCUUAUGGAUUGCAAUGAUACAUUAAUGUAGACAAGUAACUAUUGAAUUAUUGCAUUCUUGUUUGUUAUCAGCAUUGAAUAAAAACCCUAAACUAUCUGUUAAUUCUUCAGGUAUAUUCUUGCCAGUUUCUACACCAAGUACGAUGCCACGCAUUUCCUGGUCAAUACAGGCUCUCUCCUCAGUGUCCUCCUUCCAAAGCUGCCCCUGUUCCAUGGAGUACGAAUAUUUGGGAUCAAUAAGUACUGACACAACUGGAUAAUAUCGGAUUUAUAUUUAUGUGUAGUUCACUUCUAAGGUCGAGAGGCGGAAGUGAAGAAGACAUGUUCGGUAACUUCAUGAGCUGUUUGAAGGAAAUUGUUGUUUUUAUUGCACAGUUCAUGUUACCUCUGUGACCAAAAACAAAGGAACCAAAAUGCACUGAAUGCCAAGCUAUAUGAUUAACAGUUAUUGAGUGGCCUCAGCUUUAUUUCACUAUAUUUGUUUUCAUUAUUUAACAUUCAUGAUGUAUGUAUGCAAUGUGCAUGUAUCCUCAAACCAUUCUUCUCUCUAUGGUCAGAUAACAUGUAUUUGCCAUUGUUUUCUAGAAAGAGCUAUAAUGUGAACUUCAUCACCUUGAAAACUAAGUCUUCAUAGAAUUACCGGUAUAUGUCCACACAUUAGAAUGUGUGAUUAGAGAGUUUAGGAUAGUGGCAGCCAUACAAAUAGAAUGGUGGACGCCAUACAAAUAGAAUGUUGGACGCCAUACAAAUAGAAUGGUGGACGCCAUACAAAUAGAAUGUUGGCAGUCUUUGCGAUGCCUUCAAGUUUUCAGUUGGCUGCCACAUUUUUUCAAUUUAGUUUGGUGACCAAUCCAUGUGUAGACUUAUUGGAUAUACAUUUCCAUGUGAGCAUUCUCAAUAAGUGAUAGUGCCUAAAAAUAAACAUUCAAUAUUAGGAUUGAUUCUUCAGCCUACAUCUAAAUACUUUGUCUUUGUGUGGAAAUUUGGGCUACAUCCAGGGGCAUACAUCAUUGGCAUUUUGUACACAAGUGCACUGUGUAGCAGAUUAAUAAAUACACACAAGACAAAGUUGAAUUAUUGCAUUGAUUGCUCUCAUCUAAUCCCAUAAUGUUCCUAUUGUAAUUCCUUGGAU